AUGGAGAUAUUUUCAUCUAAGCUUAAUUGGUUAAUCCAUAUAAAGAAACUAUUUCUAAAAGAGAGUGUACUUGAAAUAUAAGAAUUAAUAAGUUCUUUAAAGGAAUAGAUUAUUGUAGAAUAAGUUAAUCCUUAAGAGGAAUUAUUCUCAUUAGAUGAAGUUAUAGAAGAAGUUUAUAAAUAUAAGAAAAUUAGAUUAACAUAUGAUGAUUUCUUUUAAAUUAUUGGUAAUCUUCAUUAAUAGGAUCCACAAUUAUCCACUUGUGUAAAUUCUUUGGCAGAUUCUAUUAAUGAUCUUACUUUAAAUGAUGCCAAAGUUAAAUAAGAAAUAAGAUUACCUUAUCAUGAUCCUACAAAAUUAAUUAAGACUCAACAAAGUUGCAGAAAUUCUAAAUUUUCUAAAAGUCCAAGAAUGAGAAUUGAAAAUUUACAAGAGGCAUAGAAGAAGAUUCUUGCUAAAAUAACUGAUAUAGAAAAUGAAAUAGAAUAUGUAUGAUUAUUUGACUAUAUAACGAAGUAGAAAUAGUAGCAUUAACUAAAGAAGCCACAUAUCUAAUAAAUAAAAGAAUUGGCAAAAUAAUUACAAUUACAUGAAUCAGAAAUAACCUUAAAUGGGAUUAGUUCCUUUUCUCUUUAAGACUUUUAUUUAGUUAUCCAUAAUCUUAAUAAAACAAUUUUUAAUGUUUAAACACUUAUAUUUAAUGAUAGAUGUUCAGAAAUUAGAGAAGUAACCAUGAUUUUUAAAAACUUGUAAGCUUUGAGCAUCAAUUCACUUAAUUUGAAAGAAUUAAAAUUAGAAGAAUUAACACAACUUAAGGUAUUAUCCAUAGUAGGAAAUAAUUUAAAAUCUUUAGAAGGAUUACCACCCAAUUUAGUUGAACUUUAUGCAUAACAUAAUUCAAUUUCUCAAUUAAGUACGACAAAAAGUCUCAAGAUCUUAAAUAUAAGUUCAAACUGUAUUUCUUCUUUACAAUAAUUAUUAAAUAUUAAUAAAUCAUUAGAGUUCAUAAAUUGCAAUUUAAACUAAUGUGCAUAAUCUAAAGAUUAUAAAAGGUUUCUAUUCAAAAUAUUUCCAAAUUUAAAAGGAGUUGAUAAAGAUGAUUUGUUGUAGCAUUCAAUAAUUUAAUAGAACAAUUUUCACUUCAAGAAAGAACCGAUGGACUUUUCUUUUAGUUAAUCAUGA